GGGGAGGGAGGGAGAGAGAGAGAGGGAGAGAGAGAGAGAGAGAGAGAGAGGUGGAGGUGUGGAGGAGGAGGCAGUGAAAGAAGCCAAUUUGAGCUGGCCGAUUAUUUCUUCUCCUCUGCAACUUUUUCUCCCGGCACUGCCUUUUUCUAUGCCCCAUUAUUUUAUUUUAUUUUUAUUUAUUUUUUUUUUUAAAAAAACCCGCUGUCCUUUCGCCUUUGCCCCUCCCUCCUGCUUUGCUCUCUCCCCCCCACCCUUUUAUUUCAUUUUAUUUUUCUCUCUCCCCCUUUGCUCCAGUUGCAUUCAAAAUGAUACUCGCGAGCGAGGAGCCCCGGCCAACUCCGAACUUCUUCUGCUGAGCAACCGCGCGCCUCUCUUCCGCGCACGCCUUUUUUUUUUUUUUUUUUAAAUUUUUUUUGCAGCUUUCCCGGUCAACGAAAUGAAGAGUCGCUCAGCGGAGUAACUGCCACAGUCCCGGCUGCCAAGCGCGCCCCCCGGGCUCCCUCCGUCGCUCCUCCGGCCGCAAGCGCGUCGGAAGAGCCCCCCCUCCCUCCGACCCUUGCCCAGCGCCCAGCCGGGCAGCUGCCAGCUCCGGCCUCCGUUUUGGAAGCCCGGCGCGGCGCAGCUCGCAUUUGCGCUCGCGCGCCGAUCCCCGGGGCUCCGAACAGCCGGCGGAUUCCGAAAGCGAAAGGUCGUUUCCCCCCCCUGCGCCGAGAGGUGAUCCGUGAAAGGGAAGCAGACAGUGCCGGAUCCGGGGGGGAAGGCGGCACUUGGCGGCGGCGGCGGCGGCUGGAGAAGAAUUUCUGCCGGUGACUUUUCCGGGCUCUCUCGUUCUCCUUCCCCCUCGUCCUCCUCCUCCUCCCUUCGCUCCGGUUUGGAGAGAGGAAAAAAAAAAAAGAGGCGUUUAUUCGAAGCAACAACCCCCCACACGCCCCUCCGGCGCUUUUCCCUGCGGAGAGACCUUGCAGACUUCCAUCUGCCCGCGCCGGUUUUUUCGGAUCUCCGCUUAAGACGAACUUUCAGACAAACUUCGUUCAAGUGAAAGUCUAGUUUUUCUCUCCCCCCCCCCGCGUCCCGGACUCGGUUGUCUUUUUUUUUUCUUUUUUCCUCCCCCUUUUUUUCCUUUCCUUUUUUGGGGGGGGGGCACGGGGGCGAGGGCCGCGAAGAAGCCGUAGGUUCUCCACCUGGUCACCGCGCCUGGUCAUCCCGCGGAGGACAGCAUGGAAGUUACCACGGAUCAACCCCGCUGGGUCAGCCAUCACCACCCGGCCGUUCUGAACGGCCAGCACCCGGAUUCCCACCACCCAGGACUCAGCCACUCGUACAUGGACCCCACGCAGUACCCUCUGGCCGAGGAAAUGGAUGUACUUUUUAAUAUCGACGGGCAGGGCAACCACGUGCCUUCCUACUACAGCAACUCGGUGCGGGCCACGGUGCAGCGGUACCCCCCGACCCAUCACGGUAGCCAGGUGUGUCGCCCACCUUUGCUGCACGGCUCUCUCCCCUGGCUGGAUGGGAGCAAAGCUUUGGGAAGCCACCACGGAGCUGCACCAUGGAACCUGAGUCCGUUCUCCAAAGCGCCCAUCCAUCACAGCUCACCGGGACCUCUUUCGGUCUACCCACCGGCCUCUACCUCCACUCUGUCUGCGGGCCACUCCAGCCCCCAUCUUUUCACUUUCCCACCGACCCCUCCGAAAGAUGUGUCUCCAGAUCCUUCCAUCUCCACCCCGGGCUCCACGGGGUCCAGCCGUCAAGAAGAGAAGGAGUGCAUUAAAUACCAGGUGUCUUUGGCCGAAACGAUGAAGCUGGAAUCCUCUCAUUCUCGGAGCAACAUGGCGUCCCUCGGAGGCGCGUCGUCUUCUGGCCAUCAUCCAAUCGCCACUUAUCCUUCCUACGUUCCUGAAUACGGCUCUGGACUUUUCCCCCCGAGCAGCCUCCUUGGGGGGUCACCCACUGGAUUUGGGUGCAAAUCCAGACCCAAGGCCCGUUCCAGUACAGGCAGGGAGUGUGUAAACUGUGGAGCUACCUCAACCCCACUAUGGAGGCGAGAUGGCACAGGGCAUUACCUCUGUAACGCCUGUGGAUUGUAUCAUAAAAUGAAUGGGCAAAAUCGGCCGCUGAUAAAGCCCAAAAGAAGACUGUCAGCUGCAAGACGGGCUGGGACAUCGUGUGCAAAUUGCCAGACCACAACCACCACUCUGUGGAGGAGGAAUGCCAACGGGGAUCCAGUGUGUAAUGCCUGUGGGCUAUAUUUCAAGCUCCACAAUAUUAACAGACCCCUGACCAUGAAGAAGGAAGGCAUCCAGACCCGAAACCGGAAGAUGUCUAGCAAGUCAAAAAAGAGCAAAAAGAUUCACGACAGCCUGGAUGAUUUCCCCAAAAGCAGCUCCUUCAAUCCCGCCGCCCUUUCCAGACACAUGUCGUCCAUCAGUCAUAUUUCUCCCUUCAGCCAUUCGGGCCACAUGCUGACCACACCAACUCCGAUGCACCCUUCUUCUAGUUUGUCUUUCGGACCUCACCACCCAUCAAGUAUGGUGACCGCCAUGGGCUAAAGAAGGCCUCUCAGACAGGGGGAAAGGGGGGGGGGGAAAGAGAGAUUUUCCUGCUUAAAAGAAAAAGGUGGAAAAAGAAAGAAAAAAAAAAAGAAAGACAGAAGAAACCAAAUUCCUUUUUUUUUUUUUUUUACUUCUCUGAACGAGAAAUAUCUUUAUAUAUUUGCCUCGUUGGAGGGAAGCCUUCCUGGCCCUUCAAAAAACUGUUGGAUGCAGAUGCUAAAACGGGGAAAAAAAUAAGAAAGAUGGAAAUUGUAAAACUGGCUGAAAAUCCUCACAAUGAAAGAAACAAAGCAAAGAUUGGUACGGAAAGUUGACUGCUUGACUGCUCGGCUCGAAAACGUUUUGUGUUUCUCCACCACUGAAUCGGGAGGCCAUUUGUGAAUAAACCAUCGCCACGCAACUUCACUGUCGAACUGGGUUUUUAGUGCUGUGAAAUAAUAAUAAUUAUAAUAUUAAUAAAUAAUUAAAAAAAAAACAAAGAAACAACCCACGCCACUCACCCUCCCUCCCUCCCUUUCCUUCCUCCCUCUCACUGAAAUUAAAGCAAAUAAUUGCUGAACACUGUAUAACUUAUAUUGUAAGAAAUAUUGUACAUUUUUGGAGGAAAGCUGACAACCGGGUAGCUGUAAAAAAAAAAAAAGGGGGGGGGGAGGGGGGAGAAAAAAGCAAAAAAGAAAAGUACAAAUAGUACAAAUCGGGUAUCACCAGAAACAUUUUAUGGUACGGUCUGCGAAGAAUGAGGUCAAACUGGCAAAUGGACAAAUUGCCAGUUUAUGCUUUUUUGCUGUUUCGCUCUCUCACUUUCUCUCUCUUGUCUUUCUCUCCUCACAUGCUGGCUGAAAUUAUUUUGAUGGAUUAAAAAUAAAUUACAUCCAAGCUGUAAGCAAGUCAUCCAUUCUAGGCCACAGGCCUCUGAUCAAUGGAAAAGGGGUUGAAGGGUAACAGGGACACUUUGGUGUGACACGCAGCUUGUUUCUCGCAAGCCGGUUUGUCUAGGGCCUAUUCGCAUUGUGAACCAGUUCUUGUAAUUGUCGUUUGUAUGUAUAGCUCAAAAAAAGCUCUCAGAUAAGACAAGGUGUAGAUUUAUUUCAUCCUACAACUGCAGAUUUGAAUGGUUGUACAAAUUUUACUUGCUGCUAGUGUUUAAGAACUGCGCUUUGGUUUUUCGUUUUCAUAUUUUUCCUCUUUUUUUUUUUGAGAAUAAACUAGAUUAAAUUCUGUUGA